CUGGGUCAUGGAGCACAGCACGCUGGAUCAAGAUGGGCAAGGACCGGACCUGGACCCAGGCCUCUCUGGCCCGGCGUUCGUGGGACAUCGUGACUACGGUGGCUCGGCAUCCACAAAGGGAGGCGAGUGGGUGGCGGCCAUGCGGACUGGACUGGGUGAUGGGGGGAAUAUCAGACGACGAGUCUCCGUAAGGGCUUCGCCGCACCACCCCGGCCUAGUCCCCAUCUUCCGCUCUCGCCCGUACUCGAACGAUGAGAACACGGGCAGGGAAGGAUGAAAGUCAGGUUCUCAUAGAUGGUAGCCAGUAACCCGUCAUCUGCGCGGGCAUGAC